AUGGCGACCUCACAUUCUUCUGCUACAUCGACCACUCCGUCGCGCAACGGCAACGGUCGUGUCACAUCACCAGACACGACGCCUUGCACAUCGCAAGCGCCUGUCGCAACCCCACCUAAGAGGCACCCGCACCGCAUCUACCAGCCAGCCAAGAAUUCCCUUUACGACGUCUUUCAGCAACAUGCUGGCACGGCGCUCUUUGUGCGCCCCAUCUGCUGGACUGAUUUGCAUGCUCAACUCCUCGGUGUGAGAUGGGAGGAACUACCACCAUGCGAUACACCUCAGCCUACGAUAUCCCCAGCUACGCCACCUUCGCGAGGGCAUCUCAGUCCGUCGAAUACAAUCAUCAUUCUUAGCAACGCGCUCACACAGAUUCUUCUGCCCGACCCGAUGCACCCUAUCUUCACCUCCAUUGCCGUCAAGACAGCCCUCAUGACACUAUGGCCUAAAGCCUUU